CUUUUAAAUUCAGACUUAACAACCAAUAAUUAGCACAGUCAAACCUUAGAAUUAAGGUUUGAUUAAUAACUUUCAGGCUCUGGGAAAGACUUCAACUUCAUCCAAUUCCGAGACAUCCAGGCAUCCGCUAUGGACACCUACAUUCCCACACCAGGACCCCUCCACAGGCUCUCCGCGAAGAGUGGCUUCAGCAGACGGCGCAGAAUUGACUUUACUCUGGCGCGACGGGCUCCGUUGAAGGACCCCACGAGCCGGGGGAAGCUCUGGGGGUAACCAGGAAGGGCUCUUGGCGCCGUUGGCGCUGCGGUCUUCGGGAGUCCCCCUACCUGAGACCGUACCCCCUUCGCCCGGCUCCCGGUGCUCGCCGGCCGCCGGCCCGCUCCCGGAAGCGGUGGCAGCUUGUAACAAAGAGCUGCCAGGCCGCUGCUGCCCGGGCUACGGGACCCAGGAGUCCGGCGGAGCUGCUGGGAGUGAGCGCGAGGCGGGCCAUGAGGCCCGGUUCGCGGCGGUGAGGGGCGGCCGGCGGCGGCCGAGGUGCAAGUGCGGGCCGAGAAGCCGGUGCUUCCCUCCUCGCCGCCCGCGGGAUUCGGGGCGCGGGUGCCUCUGCUCUCCGGGCCGCUCCACUCGGGAAGGCGGCUUCCGGACCUUCCCCCGGCGGCGCAUGCCUUUGAGCUGCGGGGACCGACGCUCUGCCUCCGGCCACCGAACCUCGGGUUUCUCUUCCCCGAGGGGGUCCUGAAGCUUUGUGUAAAGAAGCUGGGGAAGCCUGACGGGUUUUGUUUUUAAUAAAAAGUUUUUAUAAGUCUGCACUUUUAGAAAUUUUUGCAGAGUUUGAAGUACUCUACCUCUUCGCAUCCUUUAUUCUGCUCCUUGAGUCUUUUUUCUUCUCAGCUGUAAACGUUUUUACUAUCGGAGCGGACCAGGGAUGAACGUUUUGUAAUUGAAACUGUAACUCCUCUCGUCGAGAUAGUAGUCAAGAUGGACAAAAAGUCCUUUGAAACGGUGCUGGAUGAAAUUAGAAAGGCUGUUUUGACAGAGUACAAAUUAAAAGCAAUUGAAUAUGUGCAUGGAUAUUUCUCCAGUGAACAGGUGGUUGAUUUACUGAGAUAUUUCUCCUGGGCUGAGCCUCAGUUGAAGGCAAUGAAAGCAUUACAGCAUAAAAUGGUGGCUGUUCACCCAGCAGAAGUGGUCAAUAUACUCAACUGUUUCACCUUCAGUAAAGACAAACUAGUUGCACUUGAACUGCUAGCUUCAAACAUUGUUGAUGCACAGAAUUCUCGUCCCAUUGAAGAUCUGUUCAGGAUAAAUAUGUCUGAGAAGAAACGGUGCAAGAGAGUGCUUGAACAGGCUUUCAAGGCGGGCUGCAAAGCUCCUCAUGCUAUGAUAUCUUCUUGUGGAACAAUCCCAGGAAAUCCAUAUCCCAAAGGAAAACCUAGUCGCAUAAAUGGAAUUUUCCCAGGAACCCCUUUGAAGAAAGAUGGUGAAGAGUGUACCAACGAAGGCAAAGGAAUAGCUGCACGGAUUCUCGGACCGUCCAAACCACCUCCUUCAACAUACAAUCCACAUAAACCCGUUCCUUAUCCGAUACCUCCAUGCCGGCCACAUGCAACUAUUGCACCAAGUGCUUAUAACAAUGCAGGUCUGGUACCAUUAGCCAAUGUCAUAGCUCCAGGUGUGCCCCCGCCACCUCCAUAUACUCCUAAUCCAGUAGCAGCAGAGAAUGAAGACCUUUCCAAUCAGUCAAAACCUACACAGAAUCCAGCGUUUUCUGCCCCAGCAAGUCAGCUCUUUUCUCCUCGUGGCUCUAACCCUUCGACACCUGCGGCAACUCCUGUUCCUGCUGCUUCCCCGGUCAAGGCAGUAAAUCAUCCAUCGGCAUCGGCCACUGCCGCCCUCCCUGGGAUGAACCUGCUGAACACCGUCCUUCCUGUGCUCCCGGGUCAGGUCUCAGCUGUUCAUGCACCUCAGCCAACGACGCCCAAUCCAACAGUUAUCAGAACCCUUUCCUUGCUGGCUGCACCGGUGACUUCUGUUCACAGCACCACAUCUGCUCCCGUUCCUUCUGUUUUUUCUGGCCACGUUCCACUGCCAGGUUCUUCGGCCACCCCUACCCCAGCACCUCAGGCCGCAUCUACACCUCGGGCCACCCCUGCUUCCAGUGAAACAUUUGCUUCUACUUCUGCCCCUUUCACUAGCCUCCCCUUUGCCGCCACCUCUACUGCCGCUUCUACCAACAACCUCGAUUCCUCCUCACUGGCAUCGGUUUUUGCUGGUCUCCCCUUGACCUUAACACCGACCUCCCAAGGUGUGUCCAACCCGACUCCUUCUGUAAUCGCCUGCAGUUCUGCUCCCACUGUUUCCUGUCCACUGGGUGUAAAUAAUCCCCUUCUGUCUGCUUUAAAAGGCUUUCUGACAUCAAAUGACACCAACCUCAUCAACUCUUCCACGUUACCCUGCGCCGUUACUAGUGGGCUGGCUUCCCUCGCCUCCCUCACUAACCAGAGCUCCGACUCUGCGGCGGCCGCCCUUAACAAGGGCUACGGCUCGCAGCGGGCCUCCACGCCGGGACUGGCCCUGUUCCCGGGCCUGCCCUCGCCGGCGGCCAACGCGGCUUCCACGCCCCCGGCUCUGCCUGCGCCCGCCGCCGCUGCCUCCUCGGGGCCUGCCGGCUGCGGCUCCUCGGCCACCCUGCUGCACGGCCCGCUCGCGAGUCACGCAGACGCGCCCGGUUCGUCGACACCCGCCGCCACCAGCCUGCCCGUGGUGAUCAAGACCGAGCCCGCAAGCCCCACUCCUUCUGCCUUCAGGGGCCCGGCGCCCCCGCCGCCCCCCACCCCCGCUCCGGGCGCGCUGGGCCUGCCAGGGGCGUUGGGGCGAGCGUAUGCGGCGGCUUCGGUGCCCGUCAGUUUACCGUCCUGCCUCGCCCCUGCGCUGCCGGGCCUCCCGGGCCUGAGCGCGACCCCGAGCGGCUCGAGCCCCCUGCCCUCCCUCCCGCUGCCUGCGCAUGGCUCCUCCGCGCCCAUCGCCCCUGUCUUCAGCGCCUUGCCCCCUUUCACUUCGCUGAGCAGUGGCUUCGCCCAGGCUGCCCACCCGCCCCUCGGCGCCCCCGCCUCGUCCGCCCCCACCUGCGCCCCCGGCCCCUCGGCGCCCGCCUCGGCGGCGGCCUUCCCACUCAGCCUGCCCGCCGCCGUGCCCUCGCUCUUCUCCGUGGCGCAGGGACCUCUGCCGGCCUCGGCUCCCUCCUACCCCGGCUUCUCCGUCUCCGGCGCGCCCCCCGCGCUGCCCUCGUUCCCGGGGCUGCAGCCGCCCGCCACCGGCGCCGCCACCGCCCCGUCGCCCGCUCCCGUCCUCCCCGGGUUCGCCUCCGCCUUUAGUUCCAGUUUCAACUCCGCUCUGGUUGCGCAAGCCGGCUUAUCAUCUGGACUUCAAGCUGCAGGCAGUUCUGUUUUUCCAGGCCUCUUGUCCCUCCCUGGUAUCCCUGGGUUUUCCCAGAAUCCUUCACAAUCAUCCUUGCAGGAAUUACAGCAUAAUGCAGCCGCACAGUCAGCAUUGUUACAGCAGGUCCACUCAGCUUCAGCUCUGGAAAGCUACCCAGCUCAGCCGGAUGGGUUUCCUAGUUAUCCUUCAACACCAGGAACACCGUUUUCUUUGCAACCAGGCCUGUCCCAGAGUGGGUGGCAGUGAAUACAUUUAAAUGCAUAUUCUCCUCCAGGGCAACAUCAGAAUCGCCUGAGGACUGCAGUGAACAAUCGGACACACAAAUGUGCAGUUGGCCAAAAGUCAGGAAAUGAGGAUGAGGAUAAUCCUGGGGAAAUUGGGAUAAGAGCUUAAAAAACGUCGUUACAUUUUUUAAAAAUGGUUUUAAGUAUGGACAUUCCCCUAUGUAAAUAUGCUGACAAUAAAUUGUAUGGAGAAUAGUAUUUUUAAAAGUGUUUGGGGGGCUUCCCUGGUGGCGCAGUGGUUGAGAGUCCGCCUGCCGGUGCAGGGGACACGGGUUCGUGCCCCGGUCCGGGAAGAUCCCACAUGCCGCAGAGCGGCUGGGCCUGUGAGCCAUGGCCGCUGAGCCUGCGCGUCCGGAGCCUGUGCUCCGCAACGGGAGAGGCCACAACAGUGAGAGGUCCACGUACCGCAAAAACAAACAAAAAAGUAUUUGGGGACUUUUCACCUCCCACCCUAUGAAAUUUUGAAUCAUGUAUAUGAUCUAUGUAAGAAGAAUACUAAAGAGGUUGAACUCUUUAUAGCCGAAUACAGCCUUAAAUCUGCUUGUACAGCAUCCACUGACAGAAGUAAUAGUCGUGCCUCAGACUUAACGGGUUGCAUGUGGCCUUGGGGGAGUUACUACCCUUGGUAUGCAAGAGUGCUUCCUAUUAGCAUCACUGGAACUCAGUAUCCGUACUCCAUGUGUAUCCACAAAAGGGAACUUGAGACCCACCGUUAUUUUUAACUUCUGACAUUAAUGAUCAUAUGUGUACUGCUGAAUUUAACUCAGUGUAUUUCAGGUAAGUGAAAAUGGUGCUUAAUAUAGUCUUUAGAAUGACUUUCAGGUGUUUUCAACUAAAAACAUAUAUAUCCAGAACUACUUUCUUACAGAAAUACAAGUAAGGCUUGUGAUAAUUUGCCUUCAAAACUUAUUUCUUAAUCUCAGCAGUAUCCAAAUGAGUGAGGAACAUUUGACUGACCCUUGGGCCACCUCUAUUACUCAUUGUACUCUGGAAGCUCUUGGUGAAUGUUUACAAUCAUGGGAUGUAGUAUUUCUAUUUGUACUUAGAAUCACAUGCUUACCUAGAAUAAUUAUGUGACAACAGAUAGAAAGACUUGCUCUGUUAGUAAAUAUGCAGUGUGUACUCUAUUUAAGGUUCUGUGCUAGUAUAACACGGUUGAAUGUCAUUACGUGUAACAGCUGCCGCAUUUGGGGGACAGGGCGUAGGGAGGAUGAUUUCCAAUCCUGUGAUUAAAAGUAUAAACCAUAGAAUCUACUGUAGUACAUUUCAUCAUCUAGAAGUUUUACUUUUAUAAAGAUGGUGUCUGGAAGAUGUUGCUAAUGUAUUUUCCUUCAACCUGGGGAAAAAACUUUUUAAGUAUAUUAAUAUUCCUGUAUGGUUAGUUUUUAACAAUUUUUUAAAAUAAACCUUAUGGAUACGA